CAACGAUGCUAUGAAUACAUAAGUUUACAAUUAGCCCUAAAUUCAGAUUCAGACAUUUGCACCCUCUAAUUAUCUCAAACUCAAAUCACCCCAUGCAAAAUCCAUUCUGCAUUUAUGCAUUUAUCGAAUUUACUAAUUGCUACAUAUAUGCCCAAUUAGCAACAACGCCAGUAUUUAGCCCUUUGAUUAAUUCCUGUUUGAUAUUUUGCAAAUCUCUUCCUUUUUUGUUUUCUUUUGAAUUUAAGAAAAGAAUGAGUGUAGUGCCGAAAGAAGCAAUAGAAGUAGUUGCACAGAGCAUUGGUAUCACAAAUUUAUCUCCUGAGGUAGCCUUGGCUCUGGCUCCUGAUGUCGAGUAUAGAGUUCGCGAGAUCAUGCAGGAAGCUAUCAAAUGUAUGCGUCAUUCUAGAAGAACUACUUUGACUGCGGAGGAUGUGGAUAGUGCUCUUAGUUUAAGAAAGUUGGAGCCAGUAUAUGGGCUUGCCUCUGGAGAUCCAUUGAGGUUUAAGAGAGCUGCUGGGUAUAAGGAUUUGUACUACAUUGAUGACAAGGAUGUUGAGUUUAAAGAUGUGGUUGAAGCUCCUCUACCAAAAGCACCUCUUGAUACUUCCAUCUCAGUUCACUGGCUGGCAAUUGAAGGUGUUCAACCUGCAAUUCCAGAGAAUGCUCCUGUUGAAGUACUUGCAGCAUCCUCUGAUGGUAAAAAGUCCGAAUAUAAGGAAGAUGGCCUCCCAGUUGAUGUUAAAUUACCUGUCAAGCAUGUAUUGUCCAGGGAACUUCAGCUGUACUUUGACAAAAUCACAGAGCUUACAAUGAGAAAGUCUGAUUCUAUCCUCUUCAAACAAGCUUUAUCUAGCUUGGCAACAGACUCCGGGCUUCAUCCUUUAGUUCCUUAUUUUAUAUACUUAAUUGCAGAUGAGGUGGCUCGAAAUUUGAAUAAUUUUUCUGUCCUGUUUGCUUUGAUGCGUGUUGCCCGAAGCCUUCUUCAAAAUCCCCACAUACAUGUAGAACCCUAUCUGCACCAACUGAUGCCAUCUAUUAUUACCUGCCUAGUUGCUAAAAGGUCGGGAAAUAGAUUUUGUGACAAUCAUUUGGAGCUUAGAGACUUCACAGCAAAUCUGGUUGCUUCAAUAUGCAAAAGAUUUGGGCAUGUUUACCACAACCUGCAGCCCCGUGUCACAAGGACUCUACUCCAUACAUUCUUGGACCCAUUAAAAUCAUUGCCUCAACAUUAUGGUGCAAUACAAGGAUUAGCAGCAUUAGGACCAAAUGUGGUUCGUCUUCUUAUACUGCCAAAUCUGGAGCCAUAUUUGCUACUUCUUGAACCAGAAAUGCUUCUUGAGAAGCAAAAGAAUGAGAUGAGGAGGCAUGAAGCUUGGAGUGUUUAUGGGGCCUUGAUGCGUGCAGCUGGUCUAUGCAUGCAUGAUCGGAUGAAAAGGUUACCUGGUGUACUAAUGCCACCAACACGUGCUGUUUGGAAGAGCAGUGGAAGGCUUAUGACUACAGUGCCAAAUAAACGAAAAGCAAGCUCAGACAACUUGAUUCAGCAACCACCACUCAAGAAACUAGCAACAGAUGGUCCAAUGGGUGUAAUACCGAUGAACUCAAUGCAUGUAGACAUGCAAGGGGCGACUGGUGGAUAUCACACAGCUAGUGGAGCUUCUGGCAUGAGCAUAUCAUCAAUGUCCCGGCAGUUACCUAAUGAAAACAUGCCAGGAAGGGAUAUCAGUGGAAGGGUGUCAAAGGUGUUACCUGUGCUUGCUCGGGCUUGGAAGGAGGACAUGGAUGCAGGACAUUUGCUGGCAUCACUGAAUGAACUUUUUGGGGAAAGCAUGUCCUGCUUUGCUCCCAAGCCUGAGUUGUCUUUUUUCUUGUAAUUAGUUCAGAUUAUUAACAAUUUUUGUUAUGUUUCUUUGUAAAUUUUCUGGUAGAUUCCUUGUCCUUCCUUUUAGAAUAGGCUAAUACUAUAUUGUCAAAGAAAGGUGGACGGAAUUCUUUUCUGUAAAUAGCUAACUGUAAUCUUAAACUUAGCUAUUCAAUUUAUGAGCAAUUUGGGGAGUCCGGAAA